UGCUGUCCAACAAGGAAAAGAAGAUACCAAAACCUUCCCCACCAAUUACACCCAAGAACCCCCACCAAAUUCUUUACCUUAAACCCAAAACAUAAAAUACCCAAAAACAUCAUUAACAUUCUUGCCGAAUGUUGUCUCUCUCCGGUCACCAAUAUUCCACAUGCCGCCAAACAAAAGUUCUGGGGGUCAGCGAACCCACCCGUUGAUUUGGAUUUUAGCCAUAAUCUGCACCGUCUUAUCAACGGCGGUGAUCAUCGCUGGCGUCAUCGUGUUUGUCGGAUACUUGGCCAUCCAUCCAAGGGUGCCGUUCAUCAGCGUCACCUCCGCCCAUCUCGAUAACAUACAAUAUGAUCAAAACGGUCUGCUUGAAACCCAGGUGGCGAUUUACAUAAGGGCGGAGAAUGACAACGCGAAAGCGCACUCGAGCUUUUCCGACACGAGCUUCAUCCUCAGCUUUCAGGGGCUGCAGAUCGCGAAGCUCGUCGCCGGGCCGUUUGAUGUGAGGAAAAAUAGUUCCAUUGACUUUGAGUAUGUGGUGCAGUCGUCGCAGAUACCGUUGGAUCCUCUUCGAAUGGAAGAAGUUGACUCGUCGUUGAAGCGAGAUCAGAUUACGUUCGAUUUGAAAGGCAGCUCAAGGGCUCGCUGGAGAGUCUGGCUACUUGGCUCGGUUAAGUUCGGCUGCCCGCUCAAUUGUCAGCUCAAGUUCCGUCCAUCAAACGGAACUUACACCAGCUCACGUUGCACCUCCAAAUCAAAGUGAACUUUUUUUUUUUCUUUCUUCUUAUUUGUUGGUAAUUAUGUACACAAAUUAGCUUCUACUAAUUUCUGCCUGGCCUCUCUCACAAUUGUUCGGAUAAGGAUUCGCGGCAAAUUGUUGUCCAUAUGGUUAGCAAUUGGACAACUAAUUUAAGAGAAUUUAUAUACAAUUUCGCCAGUUGAACAUAUGA